AUGACGGCCAUAGAACUUAAAGAACAAGGCAAUCGUCUUUUUUGUGGAAGACAUUACGACGAUGCGGCUCAGUGUUACACAAAAGCUAUAGUAAGUUCAAAACUUCGUGUGCUGGACACAGAUGACGAAAAAUACCUCUUUGUUUUCUGUUCAGGGAAGAAUUUGUUUCUUAUUGUUUCAUGGGUUUUUGUUCUUGUUCUACGUCAUUUGUGUUCGGUACACGAAGUAAAUGCCGUUCAGUCCUGACAAUGUGAUAAAGUUUAGAGGUUCUUUAUGGUUUAUUUAUGUUUAAUAGUUCAUUGUAACUUCAGCUUAAGACAUAGUGAUAGACAGAUUGCUUCUUAAACAGUUUUUUAUUCGAUAAAUUUGAUUGGGCUGUUAAGUCCGUAAUGAUACUGUAAUUUUCUGUUGCGGAUGCUUCCCCUACCGGCCGGUAUUUCAAGAAAUUCAUUCGCCAACAAAAUAUAUUGUAUAUUUCUAUAUGUGGGCCAUUUUUUUCUUUCUAUUUCUAUUCUUAUUUUUGAUCCUACAAAAAUAUAAAUAUAUUUUAAUUCCUGGUAGUUCACAGGGUAUCUAAUCAAUAGAAAUCGGUGAUCAGGAAACCAAUCAAUCAAUAUAUUUUGUUGGUAUCAAUCAAAAAAAAUUAGUUGGUAUCAGUUGGUAUUGGUCAAUCAAUGAUCAAUCGAUAACCACACAAAAAGCGUUCAUGUAGCCUGUUCCAAGCGUUCAGAUAGUGGAGAGCGGUGCGAAGUAAAGAAAGCGAUGAAAAGUAGAGGGGGGACUGGGAAGAGAGGUGCGGGAACGCUUGUAAGAAUUUUUAACAAAAGUGCGUUCCGGUAUACCAGAUCCUGGUAUACCCUCUGAUUGGUUGAUUUUGACAGUUUUUGUCAACAGUGGAGCAUCUUCGAUCACAGAGAGAAAUGCGAUAUGGCGGUGAUGACAGACUCUACGUCCCGUCAAGCAGAAUUCGAACUCGCAACAAACACAGUGCUGAGUGACUUUCCAAAUGUAGUAGCUAAACGCGAGGAGCAAAGAAACUGUUUAAAACACGUAAUCGGUAGGAUAGAUGUGUUGACAAUUUCACCGACUGGCUUUGGGAAAAGUCUUAUUUUCCAGCUUUUUCCUCGAAUAAAGCGUGCGUUGGAAUGAAGGCAGGAUAGAAUGAUUGCCAUUUACGAUUGUGUAACUCCGUUGAUAACCAUCAUGAAAAGACCAAGAGGAACAUUUGAACAAAAUCGGAGUAGCGGCGGCAAUGAUAGAAGAAGAUGUGGAUGAAGCCGUUAAAAGUGAAAGCUGUGAAAUUGUAUACUGAAGUCCCAAAUCGUGGUUUUCUAAGGAAUAGACAAAUGGACUCCAAAAAGGAAAGCUUGGAAAGCAAGUUGCAGCUAUCGCUAUUGACAAGGUCCAGUCAAUCACCGAAUAGUAAAUUUUCCCUUCGAUAUUAUUGUUGUGCAUUUUCAUUACUUGAGUUAACGAUCUGUAUUGAAACGGCUUUCUAUCGAAAUGAGCGAUAUUUGUUUGUCACUUGAUUCAUAAUUAUUUUGUCACGUACACGCUGAAAUCAUGUUUUAAAGCCGUAAAUAAAUUCAUUGUACAUGAAUACUUCUCCUGCUCUCUAUUGUCUGAAAGUUUUACAUUAGGUUUUUAGUAAGACUAUGUAAACUUAAUAUUAAUUUUUGAUCUGAGAAAUUUUGAUUUAUUCGCAAGAAAAAUAAUAAAUGUAUGGGGCUGUAACACCAGUAAUGAUUGACAAGUGAAGACCACCUACAGCUGAUGCGGUCUGAGAGGGCGGAAGAGUCUAUUUAAAACAAAUCUAACAGGCGCUCCCUCUCUCACCUCCACCCCUCCCUCGCUUUUAUUUUUUCGCGCUCCUUUUUACUUCGCACCGCUCCCCACUAUCUGAACGCCUGGAACAGGCUAGCGUUCAUGGAUUGCUAUCGAUUUGCACAGCAACCUCGAACAGACAUAAUGCCUACUGCCUGUCCAAUCAUCCGCCAUUUUUAGGAAGCCCUAGGGACGAAAUUGGUAAAUCAAUUCUGACCCAGUCUUCUCAAGCAAAGAAUGUACCCCUUGCUUGUGUACUCAAAUUACCCACUUGCCCAUCAUUGCCUUUCGGUGUCAUUAUGUCUAUGUAAGAAGCCCGGGAAGAGGCUUUACUGAAUAUAAGGUGCAUCAUCAAAGGCUACCAUCUUUGCGGUUUUGAGGUGAAUGUCAGUGAAGUGUUUAUUGCUAACCAGAAAAAGAGGAGAACGUAGAAACGGGUUUUAAGUUGUUAACCAUUGUGGAUAGCUCAGCCACCAACAGUCCAAGCUUUUUCAUGGUAUAUGUGUGGAUGGGAGGCAAGAAUGGGAACAAACUUUUGAGUUGUCAAAAGAAAACGGACACCUGUGGUAUUGAUCUACUGUUAAUGUUGAAAGCAUUAAAAUGAAAUGUGUUUACAAUACUGCAUACAAAGAUGUGAUAUCUAUAUGCCGAUUCCAUCAAUCUCCAACCAAUCAAUACCAAUCAAUAUCAAUUUAUCUGUUGAUUGUUAUUGAAAAUCGAUACCUAUCAAUAACCACAUGAAUCUUCCCCAUUGAUUGGUCAUCAAUUAUCAAUAUCAAUCGAUUAAUUGAUAUCGAUUGGUAUUGAUUGAUAUCGAUUAUCACUGAUUAUCAAUUUCAUCAAUUGUAUACCCCAGGGUAGUUGUGGUAAGGGGUGUGGUGACAGGACGUGAUGAAGGUGUUAAUGGCAUUAGUAUUGUGUUAUUGUAGUGGUAGUGGUAGUGAUGGUAACGACAUUGGUGUUGACAAUAUAUGUCUGUUGUUAUUAUGAUGGUGAUAGUGUUAAUGGUGGUCCAUGGCAGUGGUGGUAUUCUUGAUUUUCACAUGAUGUAACCAAAAUUCAAAACUAAAGAAUUAUCAAUCCUCCCGAGUUUGGUGUUACUGAUGGCAAAUAGUUACAUGUAUGGUUGUGUUGUGAUAAUGUUGUGAUGUUAAUUAUAUGGUGUUGGCAGUAAUGGUAUUUUUGAUAGUGAACAAUGGUGGGAGUGUUGCUGAUGUGAUUGGUGGUGAUGAUAGAAGUGAUGGUAGAGUCAAGAAUUGUUGUCAUGAUAAUAAAAUGGCCUCCAGGCUUGACAGACUGUUUUUUUUUCAGUCUUGCUUGCUUCAGCCGCAAGACUCUUUAAAUGCAGGCGUUUCUGUCUUUUUUUUUCGUGUGUUGGUGCUAAAAUGGGGUCAUGGUCCCAGGCGUUCUUAGCAAAGACCAUGGAAACUGCAUUGUGAGGUCAUGGGUUCAAAUCCUGUUGAGGUCCUGAACUUUAUUCAGGGUUCUUAAAGAAUUGCAUAAAUUGCAUUCACAGCUGGGAGGAUCAUUCCUCAUUUGAUUUCAUUUCCGUAGUUCUUAUAUGAUUUAUUUCAUGUACAUCUAUCCUGGGAUGUAGCUUAAAUUUAUAACAGACAGAAAGUGGCAUUUGAUGGGCGGGUAAUAUGAGAAGAAAACAGUUGCCUUUUUAAAGACUGCAAUUUUUUUUCUGCCGGAAAAAUCAAGUUGACAACUGGGUAUUUUCCCCAGCUCCUGGCUAUUAUUUACAUCCCUGUCUAUCACAAGCCAUACAUUCUUCGUAAAAAUUGAAGUUUUUAAAAGAAGAUUUCGGCUAAUCCAUUCAGUAUAUGGGGCUCAAAUAGAUAACUGAAAUUGUUAUGCUCUUUUAAUAUUCAGAGCUUUUAUUUUAUUAUCUUCAUCAGAUAAUGAUAAGCAUAUGAUAACGAGGCAAAAAAUGUAAACAAAGAUUCGCCUAUACUAUAGCAAUGCUAACAAAAAAAAUUAGAGGUGAUGGUGAUGGGAUGUUUCUUACUUUCUUUCUUAAUUAUUUAUCUUCUUUUUUUUCAGGUCAAGAAUCCUACUGUUCCUACUUUCUUUACAAAUCGUGCCUUGUGCCAUCUUAAAUUAAAGAAAUGGACACAGGCUAUAAGUGACUGUCGACGAGCAAUAGAACUGGACACAAACUUAGUCAAGGCACAUUUCUUUCUUGGGCAGGCCCUGUUAGAACAAGAGAGUUAUGAUGAAGCUCUUGCAAGUUUGAAAAGAGGUUUAAAAAUAUUUCAUGUAUAAUAUAAAAACAUCAUUAUUUGUUCAAAAUAUUUGCCGUUUCUGGUUGGCUUUGAUCCUCCGGCUAAUUCUUCAUAACCAGUGGCAAAUCAAGUCUUCCAUCAUUAUGAGUCAAGGCCGGGGGAUUUCCCUGGCUUCUGGAAACAAAGGGAAAAUACAAACCGAAAGGAAUUCGUAGCAAUUCAAUUCCCUGCCUACCAAUACAUUACACAUCCCCUGGCAACUUCGUAAAAAGUGAUCAUCUAAAGAAAGUCAUUGUCUGUGAUUAUUCCUGUACUUAACAAAAGGGUUCAAAAUUAAUAAUAAUAUUUGAUGUUUUUGGUUCUGUUUAAUAACCAGCUUAUGAUUUAGCCAAGGAACAGAAACUUAACUUUGGAGAUGAUAUAGCAAGUGCAGUUCGCUUAGCUAAAAAGAAGGUAUUCAUUGAAUACUAAAUUACUGGUAGUUGUUACUGUAGUCUAUCAAGUAAGACUUAAGUCUGUGCAGUUUUACUUAGUUUAAAAACCAACAUUAGGUGUGUGGAGGCUUGAAUAGAAUCUGGGGUUACUGAAAUUUGAGAGUAAAAAGUUUACUUGACUUAAUCGUGAAGUUUACUUACUUGGAUCUAGUGCAAAGACUACCACCGACCAUUCAACUUCCCAGAUUUUACCCUCAAGUUUGUUUUUUAUUUUGCUAAAAGAACAGUCAGUGCUCCUGGAAAUCAUUUAUUGUGUGCACAACUUACAGAUUACUUAGUUAUCUGCUAGGAGAUACAUGUAACUUAUAGCUGUUACCUUAGGGCUCAAAAUUAUUUUUGGACAGUGGCAGGUCAUGUUGACCAGCCAAACAAGUUUUAUCUCGGUCAUGGGUUGCUUCUGACCAGUCAAAAUGUCAAAAACUAGCAACUGUAAACCAUUAAUUGGCAUUCACAAAAUUGCAGAAUGAAACUGUAGGACGGCCUCUUAUCUUUAUCCUCCAAAUUUAUCACUGCAUGUGGCUAAAAUAGUUUAUGAUUCAACUGUUUCUGUAAUUUAGAGAAUUAUUGUAAAUAUAAAUGUUAUUUUUUCAAGUUAUUUAUUUUAAAGCCAUGCACUUGACCAGUCAGAAUGACCAGCCAACUGAUUGUUUGUCUGGACAAAUGGUCAUCUUGGCCGGACAUUGUCCAUGCCCGUUAGGGGUCUCAAAGAGAUCUUAGUAAAUGUUGUCUUAUUAUAACAUUAUUAUUUGCAGCGCUUUAACAUUGCAGAAGAAAAAAGAAUAAGCCAGGAAAUUGAACUCCAAUCCUAUCUAAACAACUUAAUCAUUGAAGAAAAGAAGAGGUGAACAUCACGUGUUAAAAUUUUUUUUUCUUAAUAAUUAGGUUUCAGGGAAAGAGGUAUUAUUCAGUUGUUUUUCAAGUGUGAUUAUUUUUCAUGUACAUCUAAAUGAUUCUUAUGAAUGGUACUAGUAAGACAUGCAAGGCGGAGACACAAUACAGGCUCACCAUUUCUUUGAACAAUAUAAUGAAGGGUAUCAAGGGAGUAAGUUUUGAAGAUUGGCAAAUGAAGAAUAUUUGUCUUAGCCUUGUUAGCACAUAUGUUAGUUACAGAGAGUGCAUAUAUUUUUGGCAAGGAAAUCAUUCUUUACUAACUGCUUUCUACAGCGGCUCUACCUGAGCAAUGACUACUUGUAUGACAGUUUUGCUAUCCAGACAGGUUUUUAUGAUUACUUUUCUUCUUUGCAGACAAGUAAACGCAGCAGGAAAGGAUGCCAGUGAAGAUGACAUAGAGAAAAUUGAACUGGAAUGUGUAAGGGAUUUUUACAGUUUGUAAUCUUACAUGGUGUUGGUGAUUGUUUCCAUAAUCUUGGUCCACUCAUUAUUUAGCUCCUUUGCUAAAUACAUGUAGAUGAUUGCAGGUGUGAGAACAUGUCUACCAUCUGUUUUUCUCAGUUCAUCAUCAUGCCUGUGAGUUGUACCUUUUCAGUAGUCACAGAGGGAAUGAUGCUAGAGUGGGAGAGCUAAUAAAUGGGUGCAUCAAGGGUCUUCAUCCCUAGAAUGCUGUUAGGAGCACCCAUGAUGGGGCAGUGUGUUAUGGCAGGGUGUAAAGAAAGUCAGUUUUACGGCUUGCUAUUCAGGCAACUAUCGCCCAAAAAAUUUUUAAUGAGCAGCAUUUAUUACAGUUCUUCUAUUAUUUUAAUUCCUGCCAAAAACUUCCACUUAUCCAGUGGGCAAGUUAAGAACAGAGUUCACUAGCCCCAGGCUAUCAGACACUACUUUCUUUGCACCCUGAGCGAGGUGAAAAAGUAGGUUUUCAGUUUUUGGAGGCCACAUGGGCAGUUGCUGGAAGCAGCUGCACUAAUGGUGUUAAGGAACACCUACGGUUUUCCCCAGCUGGGGUGGAGUUGAUUAGGCCUGAAACAGGCAGCAUGUGAAAUGGAGUGCCCAGCAGGUGUUUUUACUCUGUUAAGUUUGAGUAAUAAAGACUCUGUCCUUCAGGAUAGAAGAACAUCAGAAGUAAACAGCCUCUUCAAACAAGUUGAUGAAAGAAGGAAGGUAAUUUAAUUUCAAAUGCACUUUAAUUUGUUUGUUUUGUAUUUACGUAGUUAGAUUUGUAUUGUGUGAUAAAACAAUAAAGAAUUUCUCAAUUCCCAUUGGCUAAGAGAAAUGCAAUUUUCAAGAAACACAGGGAGGAAGAAUGGCAACUCAGUGCAAAAAAAAGAAAGUAUGAUAAUCUUUUUUUGGAAUACCGGUAAAUACACACAGUAUUAAGCGCUCCAAGGAAAAAAUGGACUGGUGCUUAAAUCAUGUGAUUACCUAUGCAGAGAUCAAAAAAGCACUGUGUUGAAUUUUUAGUCUCUAAGUUACUUCUGAUCAAUUCUCACCCUGGAGAUAGCGCACAAAAUGCUGAUAAUUUUGGAGGAAGUUAAUCAGAGGUCACUUUGGGCUGUAUUCAUUUUUUCCGUGGAAGGGUUAAUGAGAGCAUGUUCUCGCCUUUUUUUCUCCAGAAAAGAGAAGUACCAGAUUACCUCUGUGGACGGAUAAGUUUUGAGCUUAUGAAGGAUCCUGUCAUUACACCCAGUGGAAUAACGUAUCCUUUCCAGAUAAACUAUUUUAAAAUUGUUGUAAACAUCAGGGCCAGUUGUUCAAAGCUGGCUCAUGAUAAUUCAGAUCUAAAUGCUUGCAAAGGAAAUUUAGGUAAAUUAUUGAUGUAUGGUCACUCUGAAAAUAAUGCGGAUCGUGAGAAAAACUUUAGUGCAACAUGGUGGGUGCAACACCUUUGAAAGAAGCCCCUUAAAAUGGCCAUUGCAAAACAAUGAAAAUUUUCAACUCCUAAGUUUCCCAACACAAAUUAAUUAAUUGGGAAAAAAUGUUUCAUGUUAAUCAUUCUGUAUGGGUGCUGCUUAAGUGACAUACCUGGGAAGGGGGGGGGGGGGUACUCAACAGAGUUUUAUACAUGGGAUACCUUCUAUUCACAAAUGGUACCCAUUUCACUUACCUAGUUUAGAUCUUUGCAUCCCUUUUAACUGCUGUUAAUUCACUGUGUUUUAUGUAUGAAUAUGUCACAAAAGCAGAACAUUCUCUCGACUUUUUCACAGCCAUAAGAUGCAUCUGUUGGCCCUUUUGUGUCUUUUAACACACAGAAAUCACAGAUUUCCCUCCCCUUUCAUAUACUUCAACUUAUGAAAUCUGGCCCCCUGUGUAUAUUGGAAGCCUUAAAAAGGUACCCCUUUCAGGUGAAGCCUUCCCAUAUAGGUCAAUAUGGGAAGUACCCCUCUCCACAAUCAUAUCAUAUUAAACAAAAAAACACCUAGUAAAAGAUAAUUCUUAACUGUGAACAGGUAUGAUAGAAAGCACAUUGAGGAACAUCUGCAAGUAAGUUGCCAAUUCCUGUGUUAUUCACUUCAUUCGCUAAUUUAGAAACAACAAGGGCCUGAAGCUGAGAUGUAUCCCUCAAUAGACCAAUUUCCAUAAUUCAUACUUGACUCUUAGGCUUAAGGGGAAUAAAACAAAAGAAAUCAUCUUGAGGCUCAGUAAUGAAUAAUAUGUUAAUUUUCUUAUGUUUUAUUCCCCCAAGCCUCGGAAUCAAGUAUGAAUAAUAUUUUAAUAUACUGAAAUUGGUCUAUUGUUUCUGGGGUCAUCACUGGGGUCGCACUGGUCAGCUACUGUAUGCAAACGAAUGUAAUGGGAUCUCUUGAAUUCCCUCUAGACAACACUGAAUACAAAUUUGCAGACCUCUGUCUGCAGACCAACUUCCGAUUAAUUUGAAGCGUUUAAUUGGUCUAAAAAUAACUUUGACCAGUGAAAUUCAGAUAUCCCAAGGGCCGCCCGGUUAGCUCAGUUGGGAGAGCACCGGUCUGCUGAGCGGGAGGCCGUAGGUUCAAACCCCGGCCGGACCAACACUCAGGGUCUUUAAAUAACUGAGGAGAAAGUGCUGCCUUUGUAAUGACAUCUUGGGCAUCAUCACUCAUUCCUUCAGUACUUGUAAACUGCAACUUAAGCAGUCUGGCAAAGUCCCCCAACCAGUGUUGUAAAUUAUCCCUGAAAAGCCCUGUGGGGAGUGGAUAAUAAGAUAUUUACAAUUUAUUUACAAUUUACAAUUUACAGCUAUACUGGGCGUUUUCAUCUCUGUCCCAUUAUCAUUAAGGUGAUGUUACACGAGACGAUUCGCCACCACGAUUCUAAUCGCAACGCAACGUGGCAAUGUUGGAACAAUGUUGUAACCACUCGAAACAAUGUCCCAACAAUAUUGUGAUGCUGUGCUGCACUAAAAAUCGUCGCUGCGAAUUGUCUCGUGUAACAUCACCUUUAUUUAUCCUGUUUGUCCACCAACACUGGUACUUUGUCUUGUGGUUACAAACGACGAAUUCAGUCGGGUGGGAAGGGAGGGGGGAACUGCUGCAUAUGGUCUUAUGGCUGCUAUUCAAUGUGUCCCAUGACAGUUGAGGCCAUGUUGCAUGGGACGAUUCACCACCGCGAUUUUUUUAGAGCAGCACAGCGUUGCAACAUUGUUUCAAAUUGUUACAACAUUAUUCCAGCAUUGCUGCCCUAAAAAUCGUCUUUGACACGACCAUGUAUUUUUUUUAACUUACCUGAAAGUAACCCCUCUAAGUAGAGCUGCUGAAAUGAAGCCAGGAACUAUUCGGUAACCGGUCAAGUCGCCUAAAACCAGAGUCAUGUCACCCGAAAUUUUAUCCGGUGUAAUGCACAGAAAAAUAUAGUUGAAUAAAGCAGUGUGCGCUAAACCAUGUUGAGACGAACCAAGCGCGAUAUACGCGUUAUACUUUAUACAGUGUAAACCCGUGAGUAAGAACCUGGGCCUGGUUGUUCAAAGCUGGGUUAAGGUAACCCAGGGUUAGUGCGAAAUUUGAAUUCAGAUAUGAAAGCUUAAAAAGUAAAUUCAGUUUAAUUCUUUUUGUCAGCAAUAACAGAAAAAUAUUUGAGAAAAUUUUUUUGAGCGAAAGAAAAAGAAACCCCGGUUAAAUUUAACCCUGGGUUAAGUGCUUAUCGGCCUUUGAACAACUGGGCCCUGGGUUUUAAGAACCUGUUAGGCUAAAAUUUGCUAGUUAGGCCCCCUCUAUACAAGAACCUGUUAAGCGUAAAAAAUAAUUAACAAAAAAAUAUUUGAAACUGGUUCUUAUUUUCUAAAACAAAAUUCUGUACACUUUGUUAAAAUAAGAUAAUGCAACAUUCAGGAUCCUCUUUGGAGACAUAGGUGCUUUAUCACUCCGUGAACUGCAAUGUAAUGGCAGAUUUUGUAUAAGAAAUAAGCUGAAUACCAUUAAGUAUUCUCAGCUACAAUGUAUUUUUUUCUUUAGAUAGUCGUAACGUAUUUAAGAACCGAAAUAGCCUGUAAAUUUGUGCUAAUUGCUAUUUUUGUAAGAACCUGUUUAGACUAACUUUGGAAAAUGUAGGUCCUUCAAACUCGCGGGUUUUUUCUGUAUCUCGUUCUUUAAUUAAGUCACGAUGAGACGAAACAAAAAGAACAGAAGAAACAAGAGCGAUAUAGUUUAGGAUACUGUUGAGCAUGUUAAAAUUUCAGGCGACAUAACUCUGUUUUCGGGCGAGAUGCCGGACUUUUGGGCGACUUCACAGUCUACCAGCAUCUUACUUACGAACUCAACAAAUCACUCCAAGGUUGUCUUGUUUUUCAGCGCGUUGGACAUUUCGACCCAGUGACGAGGUCAGAUCUAAAACAGGAACAGCUUAGUCCCAACCUUGUCAUGAAGGAAGUAAUCGAUGCUUUUAUUGCAGAAAAUGAAUGGGUUGUAGAGGAAUAUUGAAGAGAGAUGAUACCGGUUACUUUAUUCCCAACAAUACCCUUGUCUACAGAAACGACUGCAUGCAUUAUUCAUGACUUUCUCUAAAAUUCGAUUAAAUUGCAUCGGUCUUUGUUUUCUUUAAAAUCUGAAAUGUUAAUGUUGUGGCCUACAGGUUAUGAGAUAACUGUUCAAAAAAACGUUUUCCUCAUUUAGACACUUUUUCGUCUGAAAAAAAUUCGUUUCAAAGUACCUGUCUUCAAGCACGCCCUUUAAUGCUGGCCCCAUUCUCCC